GGUUUCGCUAUGGCAGUGAUAUAGUUCCUUUUUCCAAGGAAGACGAAGAGCAAAUGAAAUACAAAACAGAAGCAAAAUGCUUUUCUAUUUUGGGAUUUAGCCGAUCCUCUCAGAUCCAGAGGCAUUGCUACAUGGGCAACCAGGUUCUGAAGGUCUUUGCAGCAAAAGAUGACGAGAAUGCAGCAGUUGCUUUUUCUGCCCUUGUUCAUGCGUUGGAUGAGUUGAAAGUAGUAGCUGUAGUACGUUAUGCUUAUGAUAGAAGAUGUAACCCACAAAUUGGAGCAGCUUUUCCGUAUAUUAAGGAUGCAUAUGAGUGUCUCAUCUAUGUUCAACUACCCUACAUGGAAGACUUACGACAGUAUAUAUUUUCAUCCUUGAAAAACAGUAAAAAAUGCAUUCCUACAGCGGAUCAGUUAUCUGCUGUUGACUCUUUGAUUGAUUCUAUGAAUUUGGUUUAUGAAGCUGAUGACGGAGAAACUUUUGAGGACCUGUUUAAGCCCAGCAAAAUUCCAAACCCUCAUUUUCAGAGGUUGUAUCAGUGUUUGCAGCAUAAGGCUUUUCACCCCAGUGAGCCAUUGCCACCAAUUGAAGAGCACCUUUUAGAGAUGCUGGAGAUGCCCAGUGUGGUAAAAGAAAGGUGUCAGGGUCCUCUUGAGAAAAUAAAAGCACUUUUCCCCCUAAAGGAGGUUGGCAAGAAAAAGGAAAAGAAGACUGCUCAAGACAUCUUCAAAGACAGCAGUGAAGAUGGACCCAACCUUAAGAAACCAAAAAUUGAAGAUGAGGAAGGUAGCUUUAGCAUCAUGAAACUUGCUGAAGGAAAUGUCACCUCUGUUGGCAGUGCUAAUCCAGCAGAAGAUUUCCGAAUUCUGGUGAGGCAGAAAAAUGCUGACUUCAAAGACG